CCAUACCAAAUUGUGAGGUCUUUUUCCCUCCUCCCCUUCCUACCAAGAAAUAAUACCGUCAGUCUUGUUCCUUUUCCAAAGGUUCCCCCCAACCCAUCAAUCAUCCCAUAACGUCGACUUGUGUCUACUUUUCACACACACUCUCUACUGCUCGUCCUCCUUCCCCUCCUUGUCUAAUUUGCCCUUUAAUCAACAGCUCAUCCUUUCUACAUUUUCGUCCGGCUUCCCUUUAUUUUCGCACUCAUUAAUCGUCUUGGACUCGAACACGUUUGCCUGUGCCGGUAUUGGUCGACAUACAUUUCGCCAUUUUCCUUUCUUUUGAUGAACAUGCCAAUCCGUCGCUAAAUUGAUGCCACGCCCUCCCCGGCUGGUGGCUUCAGCUCGACUCGGGGACCUUUUCACUUGCAUCUCGAAUCUUGUCAUUGAUCACUCGCUGUCACUCUCCCAUCCCCCUUCCUUUCCUCGCUAUCUUCCCUCCCGUCGUUGGCCGGAGAGACAGCCGAUCCCGGUUCCCGCCCAGCACGCUGGCUGUUUGCUGAGCUUAGUAGGCCCACGCAGGUCUCACGUCACCGUUCUAUCCCCUCCUUUCUAUACACACCGUUCGGCGCUCCUACUUUGCGCCGCAGUCGAAAUCUAGCGAUCAUGCCAUCCUUUUCUAAUGACAGCUCUUAUCAGACGGCCACUGCCACAGCUACCCACCCUCGUUCUUUUGACUCGCCGCCAGGGAAACCGCACGAUAAAAGUCCCGUGGGUAACACUUUUCUGUGGACAAACUGGCCCAAUGGCGACACCAGUCACCUUGACGCCCCCGGAAACGACCGCCAACCGCUCGCGAAUGGCAGUGUGUAUUCUUUGAAUGGGCCCCGAUCAAGCGCCAGUUCAUACAACCGGGAUCUGUCACACUCGAAAGAUGGAAGCAUGCACUCAUUAGGCCAUAUAUCGGCCCGAGACCCACGGGAUGGUGGACGGCCUUCCAUGACUCACGAGCAAGAUUUCGUACAGAAAUCUACUGAUGUUGGUAUUGGUGGAGGUUCGGCGACGGCGUCAAUAGUCAGUCAGCAGCCUAAUGGUACAUCACUCAACCUACGAUCGCCAAAUGGAAGACCUAUGAUGAAUGGGGAUCAUGCUCGACCUUCUGCCGAUGUACUGGUUUCUCCGGAAUCGAUAGGGAACGUUUCGGAGACAUGGCAGUCAACUUCGCAACCCAAUGACACAGGACGUCUCUCACCUGACCAUGGCCGUCUAUCCCCGUCGCAGAAAAGCCCCCAUCGGUGUUCUUCCCCCCCACCCCCAUCCAACACAGAACAACCUGAACCGGCGAAUUCCGGCCUUCGACAUCGACAUACGCUACAAGUCCCAAGAAACACUAGCGGCCGUCGAAGUAGUCGCGACCACUCCGAGGAUGCGGCAUAUAGCAGCGGACGAUUGUCUCCGACAGGAGGAGUUCGUCGUACCUCAUUCAGUCUUGGCCGCCGGGCCAGCAAAACCAAUCGCUCAGAUACCUUCCUGGACGAAGCUAAUCCUGAUGAAGAUGCAGCCAGAUGGGCAGAGGCCAUCAAGCAACGAAGGGCUUCAAAGAGGAGACGCCGGGAUGACGACGAUGACGACCGUGUUAUCGUGGGAACAAAGGUGGAUCAAAACCAUGUGAACUGGGUCACAGCGUACAACAUGCUUACAGGAAUUCGGUUUACCGUCUCGAGGAUCAAUGCAAAGAUGGACCGGGAACUCACGCCUGCUGACUUUGAGGCCAAACAUAAAUUUUCCUUUGACAUAACUGGCAAUGAGUUAACACCUUCCGCCAAAUACGAUUUCAAAUUCAAAGACUAUGCGCCUUGGGUCUUCCGACAUCUGCGAACGAAAUUCCGGAUUGAUCCUGCUGACUACCUGAUGUCUCUCACAAGCAAGUAUAUUCUUUCAGAAUUGGGCUCGCCUGGGAAAAGUGGAAGCUUCUUUUACUUUUCGAGAGACUAUAAAUACAUCAUCAAAACCAUACAUCACUGCGAACACAAGUUGUUACGCAAGAUCCUCCCAGAGUAUUAUAAACACGUCGAGCAGAAUCCCAACACACUGAUCUCACAAUUUUAUGGCCUUCAUCGUGUCAAGAUGGCCUAUGGACGCAAAAUCCAUUUCGUGGUUAUGAACAACCUCUUCCCGCCUCAUCGUGAUAUUCAUCAGACUUUCGACCUGAAGGGCUCGACGAUCGGCCGUGACUUGCGCGAAGAAGACCUUGAGAAGAAUCCACGGGCCACUCUGAAGGACCUGAACUGGGUCCGAAGAGAACGUCACCUCGAGUGCGGGCCAUCGAAACGGGGAUUUUUCCUGGCACAGCUUGAGCGGGAUGUUGAGUUACUGAAGCGGCUCAAGAUCAUGGAUUACUCUUUAUUAGUGGGCAUCCAUGAUUUAGAGAGAGGAAAUGAGGAGAAGCUUCGUGACAAGACACUGCAAGUUUUCCAACCCGGCGGUGAUCGAGAAGAAGAAGCGAAUCCGAACAUGCUCAUGCGCACACCGUCGAAAUUGGAAAAUGAGCGCAAGGCCCGUGAGCUACGCUUGUCCCUCAAACGUGAACGCCCGGUGCCUCUGGACAAGGCAACUGCAAAAAUGCCAGAAGAGAUCCUCGACGAAAGAAAAUUUCAUGUCUUCUAUUCCGACGAUGGGGGAUUUCGAGCCACUCAUGAGAAUGGUCAGCCUGGGGAGGAGAUCUAUUACCUUGGAAUUAUUGAUUGUUUGACACACUAUGGCACGGUGAAACGACUAGAACACUUCUUUAAGGGUCUGUCCCAUGACCGGAAUCAAAUUUCACCAGUACCCCCUGAGGGUUAUGGUGAUCGCUUUGUGAAGUUCAUCAAGGGCAUCACUAUGUCUAAAGAGGAAGCGGCGGCAGAGAAAGAAGCGGCCAAGGAUGUAUCUUUUACGCACCCUCGGACGUUAUCCACUGUUCGGGACCCUACGGACACCAAUUCAACGGGUCCAACUUCGACACUACCGAUCGUAGACGAGGCCGGCGAGGCCAGUAGCGUUGGCGGACAGAGUCAGCAUAGCCGACACGGCGCUCCGCCAGCGUCGGAGAAGAAACUGCCACCACUCCCUCACCAAGACCAUCUUCGACCCGACGGGAAGAGAAAGGCGAUCGCUUAAAACAUGUAUCCCUACUCCUUUUCAACGAACUAUCUUCCCUAACCUCAAGGAAAUGAAUUCUGGUCGAUUCUCAUGAUACCCUUUUUGCAGCUCAAAAUUCCUUCUAUAUAUCCUAUUCUUGGCGCCGUGGGUUCACUCUUUUUUACCUGCGCAACGCAUUCUCUCUUCCAUCUGCCCCCAUCCAAUCUCUGGAACAAACCACUCUUGUGAUACAGGCCAUGUUACCACGAUUGAUGUGAGUUUCUUUCGCUCUCGGGCACCCUGUGCCUGUCUUCACAGGACACACCCUUUUGCCCACCUAAUAUCUUAUCAUCUUCUGUUUUGUUUUCGAAUAACAUACCGAUAUGGUCCCAUUUUUGAGACCGUACUUUCUUUAACCACCAGCAUGGCAAGCGGCAUUUGAUCAUGUGUCCCAUCAUUUUUGAAACAUCUACCUACCCACAUCCCUCUCCUUAUCUCUUCGAGAACCUUUCCUUUUUGUCCGUGCGUGCAUGCGUAUUUAUUCUGUCUCCCUCUUUUUCUGGCGAGCGACUCA